AUGGCUGUUGGUCCUCAUGAACCCGAUAUCUUCUGGGCAAGAGGCGAGAGUGCCGGAGUACUAGAUGUGCAAGUGGUCUCUGGUUCUCAACCCCUCAAUAGAACUGCCCGGGAGAAGGAGGAGAAGUACGAUACCAUCCCUGACUUGCAAAUGAAUAUCUGGCAACAACACCACCUCACUGGCAACCAGAAGAUACGCUUCAACACAGCUACCCUAAGCUGGAGCUGGGGCAUUUGGAGUCGGCGGUCAGCACUGCAGCUACAAGUGAUCAGACUCCCCAGAGGAUUGCUGACUUUCAUCUCUACCAGAGUUCUCCAGGGGAGCCACACGAAUUUUACAAGAUUCAUGCAGAUGACGGCAUACGACGUUGGACAGGCGAGGAGGAAGAGAAACAGGUGA